AUGUUAAACCUCCAUCCUCAUACAAAGAUGACUGUUGAUCCAUUCGCAGAUACUCCAGGAUUUCAAUAUCCCGUGGGAGCAACAGUACGUGCUUGUUAUCCUCUUUCACCAAAGAGUAAAGUACCAGAUUCAAUCUUUAGGCCAAACUAUGCACGAGAAUCGGUAAGCGGAACAUUUUGGGCUUAUUGGGAGUUUCUCUCUUCGCGGAAUAUCAAAGUAAACUCCGAGAAAGAACAAGAGGGUGUUCGUAAAGCGGCAAAAUUGGCAAGAGAGGUACUGGAAAUUGCAGCAUCAAAAGUAGCACCAGGCGUUACAACGGAUGAGAUCGAUAAAGUGGUAUUCGAAGAAGCAAUCAAGAGAGACUGUUAUCCUAGUCCACUAGGCUACCACGGAUACCCAAAAAGUGUCUGUACAUCCGUAAACGAGAUCAUCUGUCAUGGCAUUCCCGAUCAGAGACCGCUAGAGGAUGGAGAUAUUAUCAAUAUCGAUGUCACACUAUACCAUCAUGGCUUCCAUGGAGAUUUGAAUGGAACAUACCCUGUCGGACCAAAAGCAGAGGCAGAUGAAGCAAGCAUGAAUUUGAUCAAAACAGCAAGAGAUUGCUUGGAUGCUGCAAUUGCAAUCUGUGGUCCCGGGGUACCGUUUGCUCAAAUAGGCAAAACAAUUCAACCAUUAGCAGAAAGUAGAAAUACAGCAGUCGCGAAGAAUUGGCAUGGACAUGGAAUCAGUAACGUGUUCCAUUCUGCUCCAACGAUUUAUCAUCAUAAAACCAAAAAAGCAUACGGAGUUAUGCAACCUGGAAAUAUCUUUACUAUUGAGCCUAUGCUCAAUGCAGGAACGGAAUGGAGAGAUCUUUCUUGGCCUGAUGAUUGGACGAUUUCUACAAUCGAUGGUGCUAGAUCAGCAGCAGCCGAAGAAACGCUACUUAUCACCGAGACUGGCGUUGAAAUCUUGACAGCAAAAGGAGGACCAAAGCAUAUUGAUACACGGGAAGCCAGAGCUGCUCUAGGAUUGUGAGCAGUUUCAAAAGAUAUACCAAUAUUCUAUAGAUUGGACUAGUGUAUUUUUAUGAUUAAUCGAUUCAAUUCGACGAUAGAAGUGCUUACAAUUUCGACAGAUCAACAAGCGUGCCAAAAGUAUGAUCUUUGAUCAAAUUACCAUCGCAUGCCACAGUGAUCAAAACACCUUUACCUGGUCGAUCAGUCAAAACGUUAAUCACCGCAACAGUCGGUGCAGGAUUUUCAGUCUUUUUCUCCGUCAUUGAAAGUUCUGAAGCUUUUCCCGGUGAAGUC